GUUUGCUCCGAGCUGCGCUUCCUGGUUACGGCAUAUCCAAGCUAGGCUAUCAACUCGCUGGUUGUCUUCUCUCGGGUUUCCGCAGUUCGUCUUCCCCGCGGUGACAGACUGACAUCAGAUAGGACUUCCACCGCUAACCCUCCAGGAUGUCUUUCCUGGAGAAGCCGGCCCCCGGCAGCCUGCUACUGGACGAUACAGUGCCCCUGACGGCGAUGAUCGAAGCCAGCCAAAGCCUGCAGUCCCACACGGAGUACAUCAUCCGAGUUCAGAGGGGCGUGUCUUUAGACAACAGCUGGCAGGUGAUUCGACGUUACAGUGACUUUGACGUUCUUAACAACAGCCUGAUGGUGUGCGGCAUCACUCUCCCUCUCCCUCCUAAGAAGCUCAUUGGAAACAUGGACCGGGAGUUCAUCGCAGAAAGGCAGAGAGGACUGCAAACUUAUCUGGACACAAUUACCCAGCAUCCUCUGCUUUGCAGCUCCCUCCCAGUCAAGAAGUUUCUGGACCCCAACAACUACUCUGCCAAUUACACAGAAAUUGCCCUGCAGCAGGUCUCCAUGUUCUUCAGGUCAGACCCAAAGUGGGAGGUCCUGGAGCCUCUUAGAGACAUGGGCUGGAGGAUCAGAAAGAAAUAUUUUUUAGUCAAAAGCAAAGAGCAGACCAAAGAGAGGUACCUGCUGAGCUGGGUGGACCUGGGUCCUGAUAAGUUCCUGUCAGACAAAGACCUCCAGUCAGCCAUAAAGCUGUUGACCAGCCUGUCUAUCCCAUAUCUCUGUCCACUGUUGUUCUCCAGCACCAGCGAGUCUUCAGCACUGCUCAUCCGGCCGUUCAGUGAGAAGGGCUCUCUGAGAGACCACAUCUGUAAGGUGAAGCCCAGGGAGAGUUACCUGAAGAAGUACUGCAAUCCAAAGAAGAGUCAGGGCCUCGAGCUCCCACACAUAAAACUGUACGGCCGACAGAUUUUGGAGGGACUAAAGCUCCUCCAUGACGCUGGUAUAUUUUUUGGUCACCUGCACACGUCUAACGUUCUUGUGGAUGACGGCGUGUGUCGACUGAUGGACGUGGAGAACGGCAUGCUGGGAGUUCCCUCUGCACUGCGACCUGCCUUCACCCAGUUCAGGAAAAUUAACACCACAGAGAGCAUUGAUGUCUUCUGCUUCGGACAUUUAUUGUACGAGAUGACGUACGGCCGACCGCCAGACAGCGUGCCCAUUGAGCAGUACCCCCCUGCCCCCUCCACAGCUGUGGUGUCGGUGCUGCAGUCUAUUCUGUCCACAGAAGCCUGUAAAAGCGGGAUGCCGACAGUGUCGGCACUCAUGCAGACGCCGCUUUUCAGUGAUGUCCAGCUUCAACGUUCAGAAAAGCUCCAGAUUAAGGUCCCCGGCAGGCUGAAGGAAGCACUGAAAGCAGCAAAGGAGAGCCUGGAGAAAAGGCUGCAAGAGGAGCAGAGACUGCUGCACCAACACAGGAGGUUGACCAGAGCUCAGUCUCACCACUGCUCAGAGGAGGAGAAGAAGAAGAGAAAGAUCCUGGCAAGGAAGAAGUCCAGACAUUCAGCUUAUGAAAAUGAAGAAGAUGUCUCAGUCCGAAACAACAAUAACUCUGGUUCUGGAGCUAGUUCCCCGCCCACAUGCCCUUCCUCCCCCACUCCCCCAUCAACCACAGGAUCCCACACCGCUCCUGCCCCUCCACCUCCUCCACCUCCACCGCCACCUCCUCCCCCCUUACAGGACUCAUCCUCCUGUCCUCCUCCUCCUCUGUCCUCCUCUAAUGGAGCGGGAGGAGGCCGUGCCGCCUUGCUGAGCUCCAUCCAGACCUUCAGUAAGGGCAAACUGAAGAAAGCCGAUACCAUCGACCGCAGCAAACCCAUCGUCUGACCACGUCCACAGACACAACGUGUCCUCAAUAUGGCAACAUGACCGACACACCAGUUCUGCACUGUGGUGAAGGCCCUCCCCCAAGAUGUGAAAAAAAUCACUAACAAAAGAUCUAAGUACAGUUUUUGUUUUUAUUGCUGUUUCUGCAUUUUUUCCCCCCUCCUGCUUUUAAACUUUUAAUGCAUUGCUGUGGUUGGAGAGACUCGAGGACAGGUGGGGUAAAAUGGCGACCUCUGUUUGCCCUUCGAAACAUGCUGGACAAUCUUAGGCACCUUAAGGUUUUGUCUUUUCUGGUUACUUUGUCCUUAAGAGGCAGACACCGGAUAAAAAGCGGGAAACUGAAUCGGGUGAGCUUUUCUUCUGGCCGAUCUGCGGACAGCCAGUUGACUUAAUUUUUGUUCUUUGUGCUCGUAAAAGUAGCACUUAAAAAUGUGUGAGAGGAAAUUGUGGAGCAACCAUGGAUUCCUGACCCCUGCUCGAUGGUGAAGUUGCAUUUUGUGGAUUUAGGACUCAUUUCAGUACUUCGAUGGUGUCAGAGUGCUGCACCAGUCCUGAGUAUGGAGUAGACCAAACUUUCCUUCUUUUAAAUUAUCUCCGACUUUUUGACAUGUAGCCUGCAGGCUCUGCUGAGCCAGUUUCCUCACAACUGAGCUGCAAAACACACCAACUGGUCGUCUCUGUCUUUAAUUAACUCGCUGUCAUGCCGUGUAUUAAAUUAAAACAAAAUACCAAUGCAGUGCAAGGUGUUCAAGAAAAAGUCAUCUUCCUGGAUUGAGAGUUUGAAAGCAGAAAAAACGUUUAUUUGCAUCUUAUUGAUCUGUAGAUAUUUUUUGGUUGAGUAUCAAACAUCACAUUGAAAUUACAGACAGAAAUGACUGUUUGUUGCAGCACAAAACAGUGGAGGUUUAACCGACGCUCUGCUCAUUGGUCUGUUUCUCUGCAUUGCAUUUCCCCCAGUUGUCUCCACAGUUCUUCAGACUGUACCCCUCUCUCUCACGAGCUCUAUAAGCAUGAAACAAUCCCAGUUUAGAUUGAUUCUGAACAUCUUUAUCUCCUUUUUUUCCUUCUUUUGGACCAAACGGGCGCAAUAUUUUGCACGAGGCAGAGCACAUAACGAAGAGCAGCUAAAUGAAUAGGAAGCUACAAACUACACUACUUGUGUUUUCAUCCAGCUGUUUGUUUGUGCACAUUUAUUUGAUGAUGGCAUGAGGGGGCAAUGACAAGUUUGGGAGAAAUAACCCCCCAGAAAAAAGAGGUGGGUCAAAGUAUAAUGGAGGGAGAUGCGAUGUACCGUGUUUAAUAAAUUUAUUAGACCACCUGUUAUUUAAAAAAAAAAACAUUAGAUCAGAGUUAUAUCAUUAUUUCUGAGGCAAACUGAAUUCAUCACUUUACAGCCAAAUGUGAGCCGGCACUCUGGACAGAAAUAAAUCAAUCAACAUUCAACCACAAGAUUUUCUGCUCAGAAAUGCAUGUAAAUGACUCUAAUUUGGCGUCUUAGUCAAAAUAUAUCAUGCUUUCAUUUUUUCCUUGUAAAACAGUAAAUUUAAAAAUUCAUGGAUAACAAAAAUAACUAUAUUUUAGCAUUAGAAAUAUUUUGAUUCAAAAGCUUGCACAUUCUGCUACACAAAUGAAUAAAAGAACAAAUUUGUUAAUUACCAAUACUGAUUACUUAUGCAGCUGUGGCAUAAACCUUAUGUUGAGAGGUGGACUAAUAAAUUUAGGCACUGUGCAUGAAGCAAGUGUGGAGCACUGAAGAAAUAAGGUUUUGAUGGUGUGCGUCCUAGCUCCUUUUACUCACAGUUGAUGAAAACAGUUUCCCAGAAUUCUCCUUAGCUCUGCACUACAGUUGGAUUAAAGGGAAAUGAACAAUAACAUUAAUUUUCUCACCUGGUAUCCUCACAGUCUCUCAUUCUAGUGCAGCAUGAAUUUAAAAUCAGCCGCCUGCUGUUGAGGUUUAUGGUAGAUCAUCACGUCUGUACUGCCCCGCAUCAGAGCAACUUGGAUGCAUGGCAAUGAGCAGCUCUGCUUCCGAUUGUGCUCAGGGUCUGAAAUUAAUCUCGCAUCACAUUUUUCUCCUGACCUCAAGUAAAUCCUCAAUUUUUUUUUCCUGAUUUUAUUUUGGUCCAUCAGUCUCUUCACAUCACUGACCAGGGUCCAGAUCAUUUCUAAUAAUCCUUCCAUCCACAAGUAAACUACAGAUAAUGCGUUGCCGUCAACAUUACUCUGUACUUCUGGGAAUAGUUAACCUAAUGCCACAAACCAUGUAAGGAAGUUUGAUUGAACCAAGGCUUCAGAUGAUCUGUAACCGGUUUAUUAUUGUCCCGAGUGUAUUUGGGAAGAUUAUUCUUGUUCAUAUAACUGUUUCUUUCCAAGCAUGCAGUGCUGUGUAACAUUAAACACAAAUAACAUUCAGCACUGAAAUUUUGUGGAUGAAGUGCAGCCCCAGAGAGCUCAGCUCGCCUUCAGGAUUAACUUCAGACCCUGAUUUCUGAUUUUGAUUCUUUUUAAUGUUUGUUUUUUCCUCUGUUUUAAUGUUUGUGUCCAGACUUUUGUUUGUUGUUAUUGUGCCAUACCCAUUUGGGUGAUAGUGCCUAAAGAAAUCUGAAUGUUUUUUGUUAUUGUACAUGAGCUCAUCGUUUUGUUUGUGGUAGUAUGCCAACGCUUCAGCAUGUGGCUUAGAGUGGUUAGCAAUUAACAAUAGUCCACAUGUCUGUAAAAUUAUCAGAGUAAAACUUUGUAAAUCUGCAACAGAAAACACAACAGGUGAAUAAUUAUAACUUUAAAUUACAUGCAACUUUUACAGCUGUCACCACAGGGCAGCCAGGACCCACUGUGUGCAACAGAAACUAUGACCACCUGUGGUGAUUUAUUCCUCAUCACCCAACUUGUGUGCUGAAGCGUUGGUGGCUGAAUCUGGAGCUCAGGUGAAUCCUGUAACCUAAAGACUCUUUAAAAACCAAGUUUUUAGCCCUUCGAUGACAGCUCAGUGCUCAAAUCAUUUACUUUCAUCAUUCAGUGCAAUCAGCCUAGCAUGAAUGCUCAUUACGUUUAACCAGAAUGUGUCUCUGCAGCACUUUAGAGGGGUGGAAGCCCGGUCCACGGGGAUGUUUGUUAAUAAAAAAUAAUCCAAGGCAGCAAAUUCUCUCUAAUCUCCUGAGGAGUGUAUUAAUGCAGCUGCAAGAGGACCCCCUCAUCAUCAGCAAACGUGAAAUAGAUUUGGCUGCUGUGAUAAAUAAUACUUGUAUCAAAUGAAUAAACAUUUGGGGAAAAAA